GCUAAAGUCAGUUUCAGUUCUUCCUCCCGAGUGCAGUGUCGAAGAGACAGUGAACGACACAGAAACGCUGGGAUCUAGAAGAGCAGACAUUAAUAAGAAGCUUGAAGAAUUAUGUGGAACCUUGAAGCAGACGAGAGAAUUUCAGAUUCUGAGGAGGAGAACACCCUGUCUUCAGGAGAUGAAAGAGACAUUGAGUGCGAGUUUCUGGAGAAAGAGCGAGAUGAGGCGAAUGAAAAGCUAUCAAGGAUGGAGGAGGCUUCUGCUCAACUGCUCAAGGAGCUGGAUGUGUUAGAGACACAGUUUCAGAUUGAGCGAUCGUGCAGGGAGACCGCAGAGGCCUUUGCACUAAAGGUGAAUAAAGAUUUCAAGGCAUUAAAGAGGCAAAGCCAAGCUAUACUUCCCCUGAUCCCAGAAAUGCCAGAAAACUUCUCCAUCCUGAACCUGGACCUCGAGGCUGAUUCCAGCUCUGAAACGGUCUCUGAGGAAGAGAGCAGCGAAGAUCCGCUUCUCAUGAGUCAGAAUCAAAUUAGAGAGCUACAGUCAUCUGUAGACCGGUUACUUGGGGAAAAAAUGCAACUCACUGCACAGGUGGAGCUUCUUAAGAAAGAGAAGGAUGAUUUGAAGGACAAGUUGUUGUUGGAGGUCGGAGAGAAAGAGGCCCUUCUGAGGAAGUUCAGUAAGCAGAGCCGGACUGUGAAUAAAAUGAAGAGAGUGUCCCAGCUGGUUACAGAAGAGUUUACAGAGAUGUCGCAGAAGCUCGAGAUGGAGCAAGGACUCAGGCAGCACGCUGAAGUGUUUGCGCACCAGAUGCUGGUGAAACAGCAGGAAACCCAGAGACAGAUUCAGAAUGCAGAGACUGAGAAACAACUAAAACAGGCUCUGGGUCAAGUGACUGAAAUCAGCAAAGCUCUGGAAGAGAUACGACUCUUUUACCAAAGCCAGAUGUCUCAUACAGCAGCUCAGGAUCUCAACUCUCUGUCAGACCUGGCUGCAGUAAGAACAAAGCUGGAGAUCAGUGAGAAAGAGAGGAGCGAGGCUGAGAUUCAGCUGAGAGACUCGAAACAAUCUGUUAUCGCCCUUCAGGAGGAAAUCAAGCUUAAGGAUGAGCUGAAAGAGAUGGAGCAACUUCCUUCGAUCCAAUCUAACCAACUCAACGAGGCAAACGAAAAUCCAUCUGAUCCACCAUCACUGGGACCACCUCCACCACCUCCUCCUCCUCCUCCACCACCACCACCACCUCCUCCUCCAUCUUCAGCUGUCACCGACCCAUUAAAGGCUUUGAGGAGCAGAAAGAAGGGAGAAAACAACGCCACUCAAACCGCGAAACCCGCAAUUACGGAGGAUAUGAAGGCCAGAGCUGUGGAUGAAAUGAUGGAAAGAAUCAAGAAAGGCAUUAUUCUCAAACCUAUUCUCAGAACGCCACAGGCUGUGUCUGAGGACGAACAUGCGUGGAAGGAACAGAGGUCUGAGAACCGGAAAUCAGCUGUGCUGGAAUUGCAGGGGAUGCUGGAUUCCAUGAGGAGGCCUGGCCCUAGAAGGGUGGAUUCAAAAAAACGCUUCAGCCGUAAUGUUGGAGAGGCGGAGCUUCAGAUGGUGCUCCAGAGAAGGAGGCGGGCCAUGGGGGAUGAAAAAGGGACCCCUAAAGAUCAGCCUGCGGCCGCGUCCGUCUCGGGCUCUUCGCCCUGGGCAGGGGAGAGUGGAGGCGCCCCCGUGCUCCGGAGACUUCAGCAGAACCGCGACAAGAGAGUCUCUCGCAUAAAGGCUUCGGAGUCCAUUAUAUGGGAGGAAAAGUGAGUUUUGAGGGUCUUUUAGUCUGACCUUCUGCACUUUUGAGAAAGGCGACGUUGAACUAAGUGCGACUUCAACACCGUUUCUUCUGCCACACGCCUCUUGGAAUUUGUUUAAAGUAAAUGUCACGAAGUUGAAUAAAGCGUUAACCCUGUUAACCGCGCGAUGAAAAAACCAAGGACCCGCGCAUUCAAAAGUGAAUUAUGAAAGAAAUAAAAGACAUUUUUUCCGCACGUAUUCAGUCUUUUCUUUGCACUCAGUCUGCGUUUGCUGUUGUGUUGGACAUUUGUGCUUUUGAGGUCUGAAUUCUUCCAUUAAAAGACUUGACUUUCUUGAA